CAACUUGAUAUAAUAGAAUUUUUUGAAAGAAAUUUGUAAAUGGCGAUUGACUAACCGCAAAAAUAUUCAACAAAAACGAGUGUUUACUGUGUCUUUUAUCAUACUUUUAUGGAUAAUUAGUUAAAUAUAUCUUUUAACAAAAUGGAGAUUACACGUACAACGCUCGGUAUAGCCUGCGGUUUGGCCGGAACACUUUUCCUAGGCUAUUGUGUUUACUUUGACCAACAACGACGCAAGGAUCCUUUAUUUAAAAAGAAGCUUAGAGAACGUCGUGAGAAAGCACAACAGAAUGCAACACGGUCACGUACGGUCGGUGGGCCUCUGCCUGACAUGAGUGACCAUGAAGCUAUGCAGCGGUUCUUCCUACAACAGAUCCAACUGGGUGAGGAGCUCCUAGCGGCGGGAGACCUCGAGGCGGGCGUGGAGCACCUCGGACAAGCUGUUGCAGUGUGCGGACAGACACAGCAACUUUUGAGUGUACUUCAACAAACGAUGCCGGCUCCAAUCUUCCACCUUCUGCUCAAGAAGCUCCCGGAAGUGUCGGAGCGGCUGCGCGCCUCCAUGCGCGCCGGCGGCGCCACGCUCCAAGAGGAAGAUGUCGAAUAAACUCUGUGCU